AUGGGAACCACUGCUCCAGUGUGACCUGUUUCUAAGGUGCAUCAAAUAAGGACAACCUGUCCCAUUGCCCCAGAGUCCUCGCAGUAUGGAUGGUUUGAUUGAGCAGAACACUGUGCUAAUGCACAAUAAGAUAGCGGAAGCCGGGAAAAGGAAUGGUUUGAUUAAUACGAGGAACUUAGUGGCAGAGAGUCGAGAUGGUCUGGUCUCUGUGUACCCAACGCCCCAGUACCCAGGCCACCGAGUGGGGAGCCUUUCCUCACAGAGCUGCCUGGACAGUGGCAGGAAUGACCCUGUACAACAGCUUCUGGACCCCAACAUGCUGCAGCAGACCGUGGAGUCUCACUACCGACCCAACAUCAUCCUCUACUCAGAGAACGUGCUGCGUUCAUGGGGGGAGAGCAUUGGCUCUGAGUGCUGUGAAACAACCUUCAUUGAAGACCGAUCCCCCACCAAAGACAGCUUGGAGUACCCCGAUGGCAAGUUCAUUGACCUCUCAGCAGAUGACAUCAAGAUUCACACGCUGUCCUACGACGUGGAGGAAGAAGAGGAUUUCCAGGAGCUAGAG